AAUCAGUCCUUAAAACUACGUACAUCAUUUAUUUGCCUUUUUCGGCUGAAAGUUCUUCGAUUCUAUUUCUGACCCGAAAACAUGGCUUUGCAGACUGGGGUUGCGGCCUCCAAAGUUCUAAUCCUCGUCGGAGGAGUCGGAGCUGGUCUAGCUGGUACAAUUGUUUUGAGGAGCGGGCGCUUGUCUGAUCUAAUAUCGCAGCUUCAGGAGCUAAUAAGCGGUGUCAAUGAAGCUGAGAUCUCACCUGAUAAGUAUGAUAGUGCACUUCUUGCCACACAGAUCCGUCAUUUGGCACAAGAAAUCAGGGAGUUAACAACAUCCCGCCCUAUAACCAUAUAUAAUGGCAACUCUACUUCUGGCGGGAGUUCUGCUUCUUACUUGCUGCCAGCUGCAGCACUUGGAGCAAUGGGAUAUUGUUACAUGUGGUGGAAGGGCUGGUCACUAUCUGAUGUUAUGUUUGUAACAAAGCAUAAUAUGGCAAAUGCUGUUGCAACUGUGUCAAAACAGUUAGAGCAUGUAUCUGAAGCAUUAGCUUUAACGAAGAGGCAUUUAACGAAGAAGCUGGAAAACUUGGAUUGGAAGUUGGAUGAGCAGAAGGAAAUAUCUAAGCUCAUUACAAAUGAUGUAAGCGAGGCGAAGUCAAAUCUUAAUCAAAUUGGCUAUGAUAUUGAUAUAAUCAAUCAGAUGUUGUUUGGGUUGGAAGGAAAGAUUGAACUUCUUGAGAGCAAACAGGACAUGACUAAUGCUGGUCUGUGGUAUCUUUGCCAAUUUGCCGAAGGUGCCAAAGAUGAGAUGAAUACUAAACUUUUUCAGGAUGUUGGUGCAAAGUUAACAGACUCUUCAGUGAAAUAUGAAGAGCAAUCACUGAAGGGGCUUCAGUUCCUUACGGAAUCCAAUAAGCCAAAUGCGAUAGAGAAAUCAACAAUAAACUUGCAGAAGAUCGAUGCUAGUGACAUUCCUGCCAAAAGUGUCUCAACUACCAAAACAAGAAUCCACAGGUCUUAUCCAGUUGGAAUUUCUUGGACACGGGACAUCUUAGGCCCAGGCUUGUGAUUUUUUUUGCACAAUUUAUAUAGUAUAUAAAAUGAUGAUUGAUUCUUGGAGUGGCCUCCAUUCAUUUCUUGUUCCUUUCUCAAACAAUAAAGGGUUUCAAAAUUAUCUUACGAAUGGUAAGAAAGGGGAUGCCAUUGCCGAUUCGUCUCGUCUAGAUUUUUAGACGAUCUCGGAUUUUCAGCUGAUAAGUGUUAUCUGUUGUAUCGAUAGUUUCGUUGUUAGAAAUUCCAAAUAAUGUGCUAUGUCCUUGAUUUCGGUGUAUUGAUGAGAGUGCUUUAGCAGAAUGAGUUUCUUUAUUUGGUGACUCCAUCAAUUGCCACACCUAUCUUUGUUUUAA